AUGCUCGUCAUCGGCGCGACCGGCACGCUCGGCCGUCAGGUGGUGCGGAGAGCGCUCGACGAGGGCUACGACGUCCGAUGCCUCGUCCGCCCGCGCAUGAACCCCGCGGAUUUUCUCCGCGACUGGGGCGCGACGACCGUCAGCGGCGACCUCUCCAAGCCCGAGACGCUCCCCGCGGCGUUCGUCGGCGUGCACGUCGUCGUCGACGCGUCCACCGCGCGGCCCGAGGAGGACACGUACGGCAUCGACUGGAAAGCCAAGGUGGCCACCAUCCAAACCGCGGCGUCCAUGGGCAUCCAACGCUACGUCUUCUACUCCAUCGACAAGUGCGAGCAGCACAAGGAGGUGCCGCUGAUGAACAUGAAGUUCGCGGUGGAGGAGUACCUCAAGGCGAGCGGGAUGAAUUACACCGUGCUGCGUCUGUGCGGCUUCAUGCAGCCGCUCAUCUCCGGCUACGCCGUGCCCGUGCUCGAGGAGCAGACGGUGUGGGGCACGGACGACGACACGAAAACCGCGUAUCUGGACACUCAGGACGUCGCGAAGAUGACGCUCGCGGCGUGCCGGCGCGAGGAGGCGGCGAACAAGACGCUCACGCUCGCGGGACCCAAGGCGUACUCCGUGAACGAGGUGAUCGCGAUGUGCGAGCGCAUGGGCGGCGCCGACGCGAAUGUGAACAAAGUGCCUGUUUUGGUGUUGAAGGCGACGCGCGCGCUGACGCGGUUCUUUCAGUGGACGUCGCCGGCGGCGGACCGCCUCGCGUUCGCGGAGGUGCUCGCGUCCGGGAUCAAGUUCGACGCGGACAUGAAGGAGACGUACGAGAUCUUGGGCAUGGACGAGAGCGACACGACGACGUUGGAGGAGUACAUGGAGGAGUACUUCUCGAAGAUCUUGAAGAAACUCAAAGAGGUGGGCGGUCAGUCGCGACAGAAGGACUUCUACCUGUGA